AACAGGUGGGUCUGGCAAACAAAGCGCUGAUUGAUUUAAAUAAAAGGCAAUCUAGAGUGGGUGUGUAUCCUUGAGGAUAUGUUAAUCACUUCAGUACAAGCAAUCCCCACCUCUCUGACAAUGGCUGUGAGGCCUCUCCCAGGAACUCCAACAUGCCGGUUCAUACAAGCCCCAAAAUACAGUCUGGCUCCAUGACUGCAAGGAAUAGUCUUUAUUCGUAUUCAAACAGUAUAACCUGGCACAUAUAUGACUCAUACCUCCAGAACAAUUGUAUUAACCAAUACAUUAUCACGAUGGUCCUAUAGAAAGCCACACAGCUUCAGAUUUUUUGGAAAGCCUAAAUGAAAAUGAAAAUACAACAUGCCUUUGUUUCUAUUCACUUUUAAUAUAGGAAAAAUAAUCAUUAUGAAUAAUCAUUAUAAUAUGUCAACAUUUAUCUGAUGUUUAUUGGGAUUUUAUUGAACACAGUAUUAAGUGUGCAGCAAGAAAAUGUUCAAUCUUUUUCUAGUGGUAAAUUAAUACACAACUGUUCCUCAAAAAAAAAAAAAAAAAAAAAAAUAGGUAAACAUUUUCAAGACAUCUGCUUUUUGGAAAGAAGUGGCAUGUUUCCCGUAGGAGGACCACCAGAUUCUAGGUUAUGUAACCUUUAUUUUAUUUUAUUUUUUAUGCCUGCAUUCAUUCAUUAUAUGUGUAACAUUUCUUUUGAGUGAAGGAGACACUGCACUCUCAAGAGGGCAGUCAGAAGCUUCCGAGCUGCACAAGCAAGGGCAGCUGAAAGCAGUGUUUUCUUUCUGUCUUCUGCGAUACUAACAGAAGAGUGGUAUGCAGGUCUGUGUAAACAGUGUGGUCUUUUCAGCCAGAUGCAUCCAGAUGGCUGGAGAGCACCACAGCAGAGUUCCAGUUUAACGUCAGCGUGAGAACACUUCUUUCAGUCAGCGACUGCUGCUGUAUUAAAAACGAUGGCUACCUUUCAACUGUAAGCUGUCUUCUGUCUUAGUAUAGUCAACAAAAUUAUUUGUGCAAUAAAGUUUGUAUCGCACUUUUUUUUUUAAGGAAAACGUAAUGAUUGUAUUCCUUUUUUUUUUUUUUUUUUUUUUGUUACUUUGUUCAGCCUUCCAAGUUCUGAUGUCAGACUCUAAGUGGAAAAGUUAAAUUUUAACUUACUCAAUGUGAGAAUCGCCCUUUAGUGGAAGGCAGGGGAAUUCAACCACAUCCCAGACAUCAGAGCAAAUCUAACCACCACAAUCUCACGCACUGAAUUGACUCUGAAGACAGCUAAAUCAGUUAUUCUAUAAUCUCACAGAGGACAACACCAUGGGCAGUGGAAGCAGCAGAGGAAAAAAUAUGUCAUCUGGAUUACAAAAAGGGGAUCGUAUGUACAGAAAUAAAAAAGAAAGGAACGGAGGUCGUGGCAGUGAUCCCAAAGAGGAAAAGCGCUUGUAUAAAUCCUACAAGAUUCAGCAACUUCCCGACAGGUCUGGCCUAGGCUGCCACAGCGAAGGACACGACUCCGAUGUUUCAAUCGACGAAGAUGAAGACUGUUUAGACGUGAAAAUCGAUCGAGUUUUGGCAGAAUACGAAAGUCGUGAUUUUUACUCGAGCAGAAAACAUAAAAAUAACUCAUUUAUCAGAUCAAACACAUACAGUUUUUGCAAUUCAAGACAGGUGUACAAGGGAUCUGACUUUAAUUCGAUGCCUUAUAUUCAGAAAGUAGACCAGAUGAGAACUAACAGACAGUCUGCCUUUGGGCUCUUUGGCUCAAUGGAAGUAGAACACUACGACCGCGUCCAGAUGUGUGAAGGCACGGUGCUGGUCAGUCCUUCGGAAAACAACACAUAUAACAAUAGAGACAUCUGGUGCCAAAACAUGGAGAGAAAUGACUCCCUGAAGCAGGGAAGGACGCAAGAUUUGAAGAACAACAAUUUAACAGACACAUUGCACGGCAGCAGUGAGAAUCCAGCCCCGGUUCUCUAUGACGGCUCUGAAGAGGAACUCAUGUCCAGCAUAGAGAGAGAGUACAGUUGACAGGCAGAUGAAGUCAACAUAUCUAAAACAUGUGGUAGAAAAGGCAUACAUAAAAUAAAAACAAAACUGCUUUGGUAAUUGUUAAUGGCAGAAUCCUUGAUAUAGGGUGUAUGAAAUCACUGAUCCCUGCCUGAAAGGUAUUGACAUUGUUCUGGAGUGACAUGUGAUUAUCAACGCUACUCCUUCAUCGACUGUUCCUCGUGAAAUCAGAAAUGUGUGCAGUCCUGGAUACAGAAGCACCUGCCAACCGAACGCCUGCUGUAACGAUGGAUCCGUUCUUCUGCCUGCUGGUCAACAAUGAAACUGAUGUGCAACAGGGAUAUGCAGCUUGUAUAUAACGUAUAAAUGUAUCAAUGUAUAAAAUAACGAGGGAGAUGUUAGUGUUACUGGUAGUUAAUGCUGUAGCAUUUGAGGUGAAUUUUGAAAUUAAAAUAAAGUCGGAGCUUAAUAGCAAAAAAUAAAUAUGUAAGAUGUGUUAAG